AUGGCCACCUGCGACAAUGUUGGGGCUUUUCUUGAAGACGUAGCAAAGGAGAUCCUAUUGAAUUUCCCAGUUAAGUCGUUGUUGCGAUUCAAAUGCGUCUGCAAAAAAUGGUGCGCUCUUAUAGAGGACCCCAAGUUCACAAUAGAACACUUGAAUUGUAGCAAGAAGAAGCCUCAACAAUUCUUGAUUUAUGAUUGUGGUGCAGCUGAUGAUGCCCCAGCUGUCACUGUGACUUCCGAUUAUGGUAUACCUUCUCCUUCACAGGGAGAUAAUUCCCAAAGAUUUGGAGUUAUUCUGAAACUCUUAGGUUGUGUUGAUGGCUUGUUUUUCAUGGAAAGAGAGAUUGAUAAAGGUAUUUUGUGUUCGCUGUGGAAUCCUGCUACCGGAGAGAUGAGACACCUCCCUGCUGCCUCAAUGGAGUUUCAACCAUUUGACGUAUAUCCUCGUCAUUUUGGGUUCGGAUUAGAUCCCAUGACUAAGGAUUAUAAAGUGGUUUACCAUUAUCACAGGGAUGGUCUACUCAUGUUCAAGGGAUUCAUGGAAAAUCUUCAAACAUGA